AUGAAAAAAGGAACCAAAAGCAUAUUGGUGGCUACCACACUGGCUGCCAUGCUUCCCUGGCAAGCAUACAGCUCCAUCGAGCGCUCCAGCCUCCUGCCAACACCACCCAUGGGAUUCAACAAUUGGGCCCGCUUCAUGUGCGACCUCAACGAGACUUUGUUCACCGAGACUGCCGAUGCAAUGGCUGCUAACGGUCUGCGGGACGCAGGGUACAAUCGCAUCAACCUGGAUGACUGCUGGAUGGCCUAUCAGCGAUCCGACAAUGGAUCCCUACAGUGGAACACGACAAAGUUUCCUCACGGCCUACCCUGGCUAGCGAAAUAUGUCAAAGCUAAAGGCUUCCAUUUCGGCAUCUACGAAGAUUCCGGUAACAUGACCUGUGGCGGAUACCCUGGAUCCUACAACCACGAGGAGCAGGAUGCCAACACAUUUGCUUCCUGGGGAAUCGACUAUCUCAAGCUCGAUGGCUGCAAUGUCUAUGCAACCCAAGGCAGGACGCUUGAAGAGGAAUACAAGCAGCGCUACGGACACUGGCAUCAAGUUCUCAGCAACAUGCAGCACCCACUGAUCUUCUCCGAGUCAGCCCCGGCGUACUUUGCGGGUACAGACAACAACACAGACUGGUACACCGUGAUGGACUGGGUGCCGAUAUACGGGGAGCUAGCACGCCACUCAACUGAUAUCCUGGUGUACAGUGGAGCAGGUAGUGCAUGGGACAGCAUCAUGAACAACUACAACUACAACACCCUUCUUGCACGCUACCAACAACCGGGGUAUUUCAACGACCCCGACUUUCUCAUUCCGGAUCAUCCGGGUCUAACGGCGGAUGAAAAGCGGUCGCAUUUUGCACUGUGGGCUUCUUUCUCGGCUCCUCUCAUUAUAAGCGCCUACAUACCCGCGCUCUCGAAGGAUGAAAUUGCCUUUCUGACAAAUGAAGCAUUGAUUGCGGUGGAUCAAGAUUUCCUGGCACAGCAGGCCACGUUGGCGAGUCGCGACGACACCCUGGAUAUAUUGACCCGUAGUCUGGCGAACGGCGAUAGACUGCUGACCGUGCUUAAUAAGGGUAACGCAACUGUAACGAAGGAAAUUCCAGUGCAAUGGCUGGGUCUGGUCGACACUGGCUGUACAUAUACUGCCGAAGAUCUCUGGAAUGGCGAUACCCAGAAAUUCGGCGAUCAUAUAAAGGUUGAAUUAGCCAGCCACGCAACAGCAGUCUUCCGGCUCAGUCUGCCAGACGAAUGUUCUUCGGUAGUCCCAACCGGACUCAUUUUCAACACAGCAUCGGGCAACUGUCUGGCCGCUACCUCAAAUUCUUCAGUCACAUUUCAGUCCUGCAAUGGAGAGGACUCCCAGAUCUGGCGGGUGACGUCGUCAGGAGCCAUUAGUCCACUAUCGCAGACGACACAAUGUUUGACUGCCUAUGGAAGCUCAGUGAAGCUUCAAGCAUGUGACAGCACUGAUGACGACGGCCAGAAAUGGACGUAUGCAGUCACGGGGAAUUUGAAGAAUGCAAAGACAGAUAGUUGCUUGACGGAGGGACCGUUGCAAAUGAAGUCGUGUCUGGAUGAGAGGGAUGGCCAGGUAUUUGGCCUCCCGAGUGGCGUCCAGUUGUCGUAG